AUGUCGUCAGUCGCCUCACCAUCAGACUGUUCAUCAGAAUCCUCCACGUCACCUACUACGCUAAAUGGACCAAUUUGUAAAAUUUGUGGCCUAACAGCCCAUGGAUUACAUUUCGGAGUACUAACAUGCAGAGCUUGUGCAGCAUUUUUUAGGCGAACAGUUGUAAUGGAACGGGACAAAAAAUACAAGUGUCGAGGCGGUGAAGAUCGGUGUGCAGUUAGUAGUACAGAUAGAUACCAAUGCCGUCUCUGUAGAUUCAACAAAUGCGUCGAGCUCGGAAUGACACCAGAGAACGUGCAAUGGAAUCGAGACUCAAUCCCAACAAGUCGAAAACGGAAGGAAGAUGAACCUAUAAUACCAGCGAACGAUCUAAAAGCAUUAUCCUAUCCAGAAAGUUCUUUACUAGGGAAACCGAGGACCAUAAUGGAUAUAACAAUAUUGGCAUCAAAAAUCAAAGAGAUUCUAAACGAGAAAUCCGGCGGAAUCGAUGCGAUCACAAAGAAAAUGAAUACUUUAGAAAUUGCGGAUUAUGGAUUAAAGAAAUGGAGAAAUCAGCAAAGGUCGGAGGAGAAAAUGAAGCUGGAGGUGCUUCCAGUUCGACAAAUGUUCGCAAUUUUCGAGAAACAGAUGAUUGUGGUGGCAGAGUGGUUGAUACAACAGCCGGAUUUUAGACUGUUGGAUGCAACGGAAAGAUGGCAAUUCUUCAAAUGCGUCUGGAACAUGUGGCGUCGAUUCGAGCGAUUCGAAAUGUCGGUGAAAAUGUUUGGAAUGAAGACUGUCAAUGAGAAGAAAUUCGCAAUAUCCAAUGAGCAGGUGAUCAAUGUCGGUUUUCACAUUGAUUUCACUGAAAUCACUGAUAUUCCAAAUGAAAAAGUUCAGCAAAUGUUCCGAGAUUCAAUGGUGAAACUAUUCCAUGAGGUGGCAAAACCCCUUUUCGAAUUGAGACCCUCAUCAGUGGAGAUGGCCUAUAUGUUGACACAAAUGAGUUGGCAAGUUGCAGGAAAACAAAUGCAAGGAAAAGUGGUGGAAAUUGGUGAGAGAGUUUGUGACGAGAUGGCUAAUAACCUACACAGUUAUUAUUUAAAAGAGGAAAUGAGAUCGAAUUACGCUGGUCGUUUGGUUCGGCUGAUGAGUGUUGUGAAUGCGGUGAAAAAAAUCCACAUGGAAAGAAGAAAAACCAUGGAGUUGGCGAGAAUUUUCGAAGUUUUUAAAGUCGAAUUUUCGGAACCCGAUAUUUUUGACUGUUGA